GCUGCCUCUCGCUGCCGUCGUCUCCCCUCGUCCUCCUCUCCGUGUUGUUGUUCUCGGUGACGCGACGGAGGUGUAGCCUGACGCGGUCUCUUACGUGUCGGUCUGAAUAAAAGUGGAGCUCCGUAGACCCGGGAGUGACGAAGCGAGUCUGUGUUGAUUUUUUUAAAUGACAAUGGAGGCUGGUGCAGACACACAGCAAAGUGGUGAAACAGUUGUCUCGGAGUCUGAGGCGCAGCACAUCACCCUGGCCCAGAUUCGUGACUGUGCGUUGCCGUGGUUACAGGCAACCAUAGCAGCUGGCCAGGUGACAACCAGUGGUUCCACUGUAACACUAGUGCAGUUACCUAAUGGUCAGACAGUCCAGGUGCACGGGGUGAUCCAAGCUGCCCAGCCCUCUGUCAUCCAGUCCCCACAAGUCCAAACCGUACAGAUUUCAACUGUUGCUGAGAGUGAAGACUCUCAGGAGUCCGUAGACAGUGUGACAGAUUCUCAGAAGAGGCGAGAGAUCCUGUCCAGACGACCUUCUUAUAGGAAGAUUCUGAACGAUUUAUCGUCGGAUGUUCCAGCAGUUCCUCGAAUUGAGGAAGAAAAGUCAGAAGACGACACAGCCCCUGCCAUCACCACAGUCACCAUGCCGACUCCCAUCUAUCAGACUAGUAGUGGCCAGUACAUUGCCAUCACCCAGGGUGGAGCCAUCCAGCUGGCCAAUAACGGAACAGAUGGAGUGCAGGGCCUGCAGACACUGACCAUGGCCAACGCAGGCCAGGGUGGUGCCACCAUCCUGCAGUACGCCCAGACCACCGACGGGCAGCAGAUCCUCGUGCCCAGCAACCAAGUGGUCGUACAAGCUGCCUCCGGUGAUGUCCAGGCCUAUCAGAUCCGCACAGCCCCCACCAACGCCAUCACCCCUGGGGUGGUCAUGGCAACUUCGCCUGCAAUGGGCACAGGAGGAGGCACAGAGGAAGUCACACGCAAAAGGGAGGUCCGACUUAUGAAAAACAGGGAGGCAGCCCGAGAGUGUCGCAGGAAGAAGAAGGAGUACGUCAAGUGUCUGGAGAACCGCGUGGCCGUGCUGGAGAACCAGAACAAAACCCUCAUCGAGGAACUCAAAGCCCUCAAAGACUUGUACUGCCACAAAUCUGAGUAGAAAGGAAACCAAACGCCUGCCAGGGGCUCGACAGGGGCCUGUCCCCAUGUACAGAGACUCAGCACAGAGCCAUGCAUCUGGAUGCCACUCCCCCUUUUCUACUCUUUUGCUUUCUUUUUAAAAACUGCUGAAAAAUCUGUAAAGUGACUCACCAGGAAUAGAGAAAAACACACCCCCCCUCCCACUUCAGCGUUUAUGAAAUCGUAUUUCUGUUCCCCAUGAGAAGGGUGACGCAAAUGUUCAGAACGGAUGUGGAGGAGACUAGAACCAUACAGGGUCCUUGUGGUGAAGUGACAGAACAGGCCAUGAGGCUGUUCUGUGCGUUUUUUUCGACGCCACCAAAGGGAAGCAUUCCAGUCACUGGUGCCUGGACAAACUGGGCGACAUCACCAGCAACGGGGAACUGCGCAAAUACCAUCACCGAUAACGACGGAACUUUUUACAUUUUAAUCUCCCAAAGACACUCGGAUCAUUUGGAGAGGUUUCCUUUUGUGUGCAUCGUUUGUAACUGUACUUGCGCUAUUGCAUUAACAUCUGUUACUUACUAAUGCUUUGAACUGUAGAUGGGCUGUUUCAUGGACAUUUUUAUCUUUUAGCUGUGUUUCGUUUUAUUAUGUAUUUGGAUUAUCUGCUUGCGUAAUGCCAUUGACCUUUUUUUUUUUUUUUUUUUUUUUUUUUUUUUUUUUUACUUAAAUUUACUUUGCCUUGAUCUGACAUGAACAAAAAAAAAAAAGAAGCUAACUAUUAUGUUGAGUUUUAAAAUCGUCUUCAUGUUAAAUUCAGCUUUAAAGAUACUAGACAAAGACAGGCCGAAGUCAUAAUCUCUCAAGUGAAACAUUUAUGGUCACAAAAGUGUUUAUGUUCUGAUGCAUGUUGCCGGUAAUAUACCUAAGGCUCAUUGUUUUUUGUUUUUUUUCAUUUCUACCAGUUUAAACAAGAUUCCAACUGGGAUUUUGUUUCCUGCUGAUCUCUGUAGUUUACAGUAAACAGCAGGACUGUACCGAAUAGUUCGAAGCUUCAUUCAUAACAUUGACAUUCAAAUUUUAAAUUAACAUUUCUUUUGCAUGUCUAUUCAUUCUGUUUAAACCUUGUGUAUCUGCACAGCUGCAGAUAAAGAUUGGUGCACUAAUUAUAUCAGUAUUUGCCGUUAUAAAAUAUGACUGAAUUCAACGGUUAUUCGAAAACAUAAAUGGAAGCUUCAAAUGUAAAAUGAAAUCAAAACAUUUGGUACAGGGCAGUUUGUGGCAUUUUAUUAAAUGCAGCUCAUGCACAAGACUAUGUAAACAAAAAAUGCUUAAACUGCAGAGUUUUUGUUAAAAGUGGAUUUAAAAAAUAUAUUUUCACUCACAUUUUUGUAUUAUGGAUUUUUCAAUCCAUUUUUUUUAAAUAAAUUGUAUUAAUUCUUGGAUUAUUUUUGAAUGGAAAAACAAAAAUAAUGAGCCUUACUUGUUUGGCAUUGAAAGAAAUACUUUUGUCUCCAUAUUUUAUUAGCAAACUUUGGAGACGCAUGUCCCAUCACUGGAAUCGCGGGUUGCUUGGUAUGUUGGUGUCUUUGAACGGAACGUCAACACAGUUUAGUUAUUGGGAAAGUUUUGAUUUCAUUCUUUUUAAUUGAAGAGAAAAAAAAUCAAUUUCAAUAGUUGGACUUUGUAAUGCGAAUCUGAGAUAUCAGGUCACCUCUAUGUAGUGGUGUCUCCAAAUUCUGUUUCUAGGAUUACGAAGUGGCAUGCUCACUUUCCUUGCACACAAUCCUACAACACUUCGAAUGAUUUAACAGGAAAAUCUCACGCACCACAAACAGGCCAAGCCCGCUGUUACAAGGUGUAAUUAAUCUACAAAGGCCCAUGCGUUUUGUUGCUUAUUAACUCUAAAGGCAUCAUCAUGCAUUUUUAUUAGACAUUAUUAGUUGUGUGGAGCGUCAAAUCUCAACAAGUACGACUCGGUUGCACCUAUCAAACACCCUGUAAAGGAUUGUAAAGUGUGACCAAAUCAAAAAGUUUUCACAGUGAACAAAAAUGAUAUUUUUCAUCAUAGUGGAAUGCCAUGUUGUAUUAUUUUAGGUAUUAUAUAUAUAGUCAUGACAGUAUGCUUUUUUUAUGUUGCUUUUCAUUAAUUUUGUACUCACGAUUUCUAAAUGUCAGCACCAACUUGUAUAAAACAGUGCAUUACGUUAGAGCUAUUCAAAUAUUACAUUUUUGGCAGCUGUUAAUAAAUGUGU